CACCAAAAAGCAUCCGAACAGCCUUCCAUUUAAACUCUCAUAGACGGCAUCGGUCACCUUCGAUACGUCUGUAAUCAAUAAUGAUAUCUUCGAUACGCCGUGCCAACGGUCUCCUCUCGUCGAUGUCCGCCACCAACGCCUCCCGAUCAUAUUUGCUUCGCAAUGGUGCGAGAGCGCCGAAUGCAUUCCUGAGACGAACGUACGCGUCUGAGGCACCAAAGGACGAGAACAAGGAGGAAAAGAAGCCGGAGGAGAAGAAGUCGGAGGAGAAGAGCGAGGAGAAGACCGAUCUGAAGGAGGAGGCCGAGAAGAAGGCGAAGAAGAACAAGGACGAGAUGGAGCCGCCGAUAUUCCCCGAUCAACAGCGGAAACAGAACGAUGGGGGUAAAGAGGAGAAGAAGGAUGAUGAGCGGAAGUCCAAGUCGGGUCCCGGCCGCUCGUCGAAAUCAGAUCCUGAGUUUCCGCAAGGCAAAGUCUUCGCAAUCAACAUCAACAACAUCUUCUAUUUGGUUGGUGGUGCAUGGUUGACUUACCGACUUUUUGGUAGCGCGGACAACUCUCAGGAAAUCACCUGGCAGGAGUUCCGUACCGCCUUCUUGGACAAGGGACUCGUCGAGCGCUUGACCGUCGUUCCUAACCGGAGAGAGGUCCAAGUUACGCUCAACAGAAAUGCUGCCGGUCAGGUUUACCCUGGAUCCAAUGCCGGCAUGAACACGUACUACUUCACUAUUGGUUCAUCGGAAGUCUUCGAGAACAGAUUAGAGAAUGCGCAGAAUGAGCUUGGCAUCCCAAUGACUGAGCGCAUCCCCGUCAAGUACCACGACCAUGUCUCCAUUGCUGGUCCUUUGUUGUCUUUUGCGCCUACGCUGUUGUUGAUCGGGGCGUUCUACUGGAUGGCGAAGAAGGGGCCUUCUGGAGCAGGAGGAGCUGGUGGAAUCUUCGGUGUGGGUAAGAGCAAGGCCAAGCUUUUCAACCAAGAGACCGCUGUCAAGGUUAAGUUCAACGAGGUUGCUGGUAUGGACGAGGCUAAGGAGGAGAUUAUGGAGUUCGUCAAGUUCUUGAAGGACCCUUCAACUUUCGAGAAGCUUGGUGCCAAGAUCCCCCGUGGCGCGAUCUUGUCCGGACCUCCCGGUACUGGUAAGACCUUGUUGGCUAAGGCUACUGCUGGUGAGGCUGGUGUUCCUUUCUACAGUGUCUCUGGUUCCGAGUUCGUGGAGAUGUUCGUCGGUGUCGGUUCUUCCCGUGUCCGUGAUCUCUUCGCCAACGCCAGGAAGAACACCCCUUGCAUCGUCUUCAUUGAUGAAAUCGAUGCCAUCGGUAAGGCUCGUGGAAAAGGUAAUUUCACCAAUGAUGAGCGUGAGAGCACUCUCAACCAGCUUUUGGUCGAGAUGGACGGUUUCGGAACCGAUGAGCACAUCGUCGUGUUCGCCGGUACUAACAGACCGGAUGUUCUCGACCCUGCGCUCAUGCGUCCCGGUCGUUUCGAUCGUCAUAUUGCGAUUGACAAGCCUGACUUGAAGGGCCGUGAGCACAUCUUCAACGUCCAUUUGAAGCCAAUUAAGACUACCGAGGACCGCACGCAACUUGCCGAGCGUCUCUCCGUUCUUACCCCAGGUUUCUCUGGUGCUGACAUUGCUAACUGCUGUAACGAGGCUGCUCUCAUUGCGGCAAGAUUCAACGCUACUACCGUCGUGUUGGCUCACUUCGAGCAAGCUAUUGAGCGUGUUACUGCCGGUUUGGAGAGGAAGUCCCGCGUUAUGAGCCCCGAGGAGAAGAACACCGUCGCUCACCACGAGGCUGGUCACGCUGUCGCUGGUUGGUUCUUGGAGCACGUUGACCCUCUGCUCAAGGUCUCUAUCAUUCCCCGUGCGCAGGCUCUUGGUUACGCAUCCUACUUGCCCCGCGACCAGUACCUGAUGUCUAAGGGUCAGAUCACGGACCGUAUGGUCAUGGCUCUCGCCGGUCGUGUGUCCGAAGAGAUCUUCUUCUCCGGUGACGCUAUCACCUCUGGUGCAUCGGACGACUUCCAGAAGGUUACCCGCAUGGCACAGGCAAUGGUUAGCCAGUAUGGUAUGAGCGAGAACAUCGGUACUGUCUCCUACACUCAGGAGGAGGGCUAUCAGAAGCCUUUCUCUGAGGCUACCGGUAAGAUGAUCGACGAUGAGGUCCGAGCAUUGGUCAAGGCCGCACACAAGCGGACACACGAGUUACUGUUGCAGCACAAGGAUGGAUUGGUUAAGGUUGCUAACAGAUUAUUGGAGAAGGAGGUCAUCACUUUCGCCGAGGUUGAGGAGUUGCUGGGUCCUAGACCAUAUGCUAGCAAGCACAUGGACUUGAGCAAGAUUCUUGGAAAGGGUAGAAAGCAUAAAUCAUUUUCUCAAUCUUUCAACUUCAGGAAAGCUUUGGAGUGCAACGGUCGUGACUACUACUCCGGGUCCAUAAAAGCAAUGAUUGCUUCAGUGCUCGUCAAAGGCUGGACAAAAGACGAGUACGGUAAAGGAAUACGCACAUGA